AUGUACUUUUCAACCAAGAUUGUCGCCUUCCUUACCCUUGGAGCGAUUGCUACCAUGCCUACCAUGGCCCAGCGUGGCGGCGGUGGAACACGUGGCGGCGGUGGUGGUGGUGGCCACCGUCCCGGUGGCCAACGUCCCGGUGGCCAACGUCCCAACGGUGAUGGUAGACCAGGCCAUAGUCCCGGGGGGCCAUUUGCCAACGCUACCUUUGUCAAUAUCACUUGCAGCUCGACCGGUGACUUAGAUUUAACAUGUGAUCCUCGUGGCGAAUCUGAGGACGGAUUCUUUGUCUGCCGAACUAUGACCGACAGAGAAGGCGUCGAGCGCAGCAGAGUCGAGUGCAUUCCUUCUGACCGAUCCAUUGAAGGGGCUGACGAAUGUGGCUGCUGCGGAGAAGACUGUCCCGUGGCAUGUGACACCUGCCCAUGCACCACUCGUCGUGGUGACGCUGGAGCCUACGUCUUGAGUGACGAUGAUGACGAGCCCUUUUGUGCUCCAUUGAACGCCGCCAUGAUGAUGGUGUACGAUAAAGAUGAUGUCUCCUGCCUUGCGGAUUGCAGUCUUGCAGAGUGA